AUGAAGAUUGUUUUGGUAAUUUGUGCGAUUGCUGUCGUCGUGGCCAGAGCCAGCGAUGUGGAGGGCAAAUGGCGCAUGUUGCCUGAAGGUGCCGAAGAGAUCGAUGCUCGUCAGCAGAAGAUGAGUGUUGGAGGGCUGAAGAAGAUCGUCGGUGGAUCGCCGGUGACCAUUGAAACCCAUUCGUACCAGCUUUCUCUGCGUAACUUCGAUUACCACAUCUGUGGGGCAUCGAUCAUCUCGAGCGUUUGGGCGCUUACUGCAGCGCACUGCCUGUACCCGGACCCGGACCCGAAAACGAUCUCAUUGCGAGCUGGCACGGGUAAUCAGUCGCUUGGAGGACGUAUCUACAACGCGUCUCGUAUCAUCAUCCACCCGAUGUACAACCCAAGCUGGAUGGACAACGACGUGGCCGUCAUUCGUGUGAGUAACGAGUUCAGCGGACGCAAUACCGGCCCGAUCGGACUGGUGCCGUUGGGUUACGAGCCGGUCGCUGGAAUGCGCGCGAUCGUCACCGGAUGGGGACGCCAGAGCGAAGGAGGCAAGCAAGCCAUGACAUUGGCCGGAGUGGAUAUUCCCAUCGUCGACAGGGAGGAUUGCUUGAGUCAGUGGGACGGAGUGCAGGUGACACCACAGAUGAUUUGUGCCGGUGAGCUGGGCCGGGAUUCGUGCAACGGUGACAGUGGUGGUCCGCUGGUUUCUGGAGGUCGGCAGAUCGGCAUCGUGUCGUGGGGAUCUACCAAAUGCGGUGGUCCACUUGCUGCUAUCUAUACCCACCUGGGAAACGCAGCCAUUCGCACCUUUAUCAGCUCGACGACGGGCGUCUGA